GUGAGCUGGAUUAGUCUCAGCCCGCAUCAUGCUCUCCCUGCUGGCACUAGCAGCGCUCGCGUUCGCAUCCCCCCUUCCCCGCGCGGGGUACACCUUCAAGGAGUCCCUCCCCUCUGCUCCAAACGGAUGGGAACAGCUCUCCCGUGCACCGGGGUCGCACCUCCUCAAGCUCAAGAUCGGCCUUAUCCAGCCUAGGUUCGGAGAACUCGAACAAGCACUGUGGGAGGUGUCUUUGCCUGGGAGCGAGCGGUAUGGAAUGCAUCUUGGGAAAGAGGAAGUCGAGAAGCUCAUUCGGCCACACGACGAAUCGCUCGAGCUGGUCGAUGCCUGGUUGGUGGAAAACGGCAUUCCUCUCUCCGCGCUCUCUCGCUCCCCGGCACAGGACUGGAUCACCCUCACCCUUCCUGUCUCGCUCGCCGAGGAACUGCUAGACACGGAGUACCACGUCUUCCACCACACCACUUCGGGAGACUACCUCGUCCGCACGCUCGGGUACUCCCUCCCUACCCAUCUCCACGCACACAUCGACGUUGUCCAGCCCAGCACGACCUUUGCCCGUCUGCAACCCAAGCGCAGCUCCCUCCACGGAGAUAGCAUCGUCCUCUCCUCCGAAGCUGCCAUUCCGCCCGUCCCGGCAAGCUGCAACCAUACGAUCACCCCUGCGUGUCUGAAGGAGAUCUACAACGUGGGGAACUACACUGCUUCCUCCACGUCUGGCAACAUCCUCGGCAUCGCGGGGUACCUAGAACAAUGGGCAAACAUGAACGACACGAACUGGUUCUACCAAGUCUACCUUCCCCAAGCCGCAGAGCAAGGGUACAUGUUCACAGUGGAGCUGAUCAACAACGGCACCAACUCGCAGAACGAGAGCGACGCUGGUGGCGAAGCGAACCUCGACGUGCAGUACGCCGGGGGGCUCUCAUUCCCCAUCCCGAAUAUCUACUACUCUACGGGUGGCUCGCCCCCUUACAUCCCGGACGACAACACUCCGCAGGACACGAACGAGCCGUAUGCCGAGUUCCUCGCCUACGUCCUCGCCAAGCCUGACUCGGAGCUCCCGCGCCAACUGAGCACGUCAUAUGGAGACGACGAGCAGAGCGUGCCGUACAGCUACGCCGUCAGGGUGUGUAACGAGUUCGCCCAGCUCGGCGCACGCGGAGUAAGCGUGAUGUUCUCCUCGGGGGACGGAGGGGUAGGAGACGGCCUAGGACCGAACGACCAAGCCUAUGGCCCCACGACAUGCUACACCAACGAUGGGAGGAACGCUUCGUCCUUCCUCCCCGCCUUUCCCGCUUCCUGCCCGUAUGUCACUACAGUCGGAGGCACGUACCACGAAGGUCCCGAAUGGGCAGUCCCCUUCUCCGGCGGAGGGUUCAGCAAAUACUUCUCCCGCCCGUCAUACCAAUCCCCCACAGUGGACACCUACCUCGCCCAGCACCCACAGUAUCUCUCCCUCUACCAAGGCCUGUUUAACCCUUCUGGCCGCGCUUAUCCGGACGUCUCGGCUCAGAGCAACAACUUCACCCUGAAUAGGGGCGGGAUGUGGGUGCUGGAAGCGGGUACGAGCGCGAGUUGUCCCACGUUCACGGGCAUCGUAGCGCUUGUGAAUGACUACCUUAUCGCGCAUGGGAAGCCUACUUUGGGGUUCCUAAAUCCUUGGCUAUACGCGGUCGGACACAACGCCUUCAACGACAUCACUAUCGGUAACAACCCAGGCUGCCUGACGAACGGGUUUAACGCUACGGCCGGGUGGGACCCGGUUACAGGCUGGGGCAGCCCCGAUUUUGGGAAGAUUACGUCCCUUUUGAGCUUGGGAUCUUGA